CCGGAAGGUCCAGUUACGAGGAAGCCACCGGCAAGGCCCAUUUCCAUUGGGCUUAAUCCGCUUAGAUUCACCGUCCCGUCGCCGCGGUGGCUGUCGACGGUUCCCUUGUAGCGCCAUAGUCGUCACAGAAAGCUUUGCAGCACACGAGACCGCUUUGCUGCUCCCCAAAUCACCGGUAAAUCACCACAAAAAGGGAAAGGGGGAUGUCGUUUGAGUCGCUGUCCCUACCUCAUCCGAACGCCCCGCAAACGCAAAGCUGUUUAAGGGUGGUAGGGAGUGAAGCUGGAACAAACCCAGUUCCCAAAAUCUUGAAACUUACACUGGGUCGUCCUAAAAUCAAGUCUUUAGCUGUGAGGAUGGGCUCGGGUACUUCUAAUGGCGGGAUAGGGAAGAAGAACCCACAUGGGAUUGGAGAGAACGACGGAGUGAUCAUCGUCGAUCAUGGGUCGCGCCGGAAAGAAUCGAAUCUCAUGCUAAAUGAGUUCGUUGCUAUGUUCAAGGAUAAAACAGGAUACCCAAUUGUGGAGCCGGCUCACAUGGAGCUGGCGGAUCCAUCGAUUAAAGACGCGUUUGACAUUUGUGUUCAACAAGGUGCGAAACGUGUUGUUGUCAGCCCGUUCUUCCUUUUUCCAGGACGCCACUGGCACCAGGACAUUCCUUCAUUAACUGCUGAAGCUGCAAAAGAACACCCUGGUGUAUCAUAUCUGGUAACUGCACCUCUUGGCUUGCAUGAGCUGCUGGUGGAUGUGGUGAACGAUAGAAUCAAUUACUGUUUGAGUCAUGUAGCCGGAGAUGUCAAGGAAUGUGAAGUUUGUGUUGGUACAAAAAAAUGCAAGUUCACUAGCCAAUGAGCAGGAAUGGCAUAUCGACUCACAGUAGUCGAAGGUUUUCAACCAGCACAUUUGUUUAGUCCUGAGGGAAAACUAGAACAUAUUGUAUAAACUUUAGCAGGUUUACAUGCUCAACUUCUAAUGGGCCUAUGCUGUAUUUAUGUACACAAUCAUGAGCGAUAAAGUUCCUAUCUAUAACUGCACUUGGCUUUCCAAUCAAUUCAUUUGAUGCUCUUCAAGAGUUUCCUUCUUCUGUAGCAAGUUUCAGCCAAAGUUUUCUUUGAUCAUAUUCCAGAUUGACAAGAACCUCUCCAUCUUGAUAUUGAAGCUAGCAUCAACUCGAGCAGCAGCUUGGGCAGGUGUUUCUUCUUCAGGAGGUUCUCGCCCUGCAAUUCAGCCGCUAUUCGUCAGUACAAUUGAUUAAUAUGAUACUGUAAGCUGAUUCUCUUGCUUGCUGAGAAGUCUUACUAUUGCCCUGAUAAUCUUUUGCCUGCUUUGCCACCUGCUUUUUAAAUGUCUCAGCUGCUUUGAAAACAUUUGCUGGUCUCUCCCAACCUUGUCCAAACACACCAAACCCUUCCUUCGGUUUAGGUCGAAUCAAUGACUCGAGCAACCCCAAGUCUUCGCUAUCAAUCCAGUGGAUGCAGUUCACAGGACACGAAUCAACUGAGACCUGCGCAAUGGUCACUAAAUUACCUUCUAGUUUCCCUGCCAUCACUCAACUCUCUUUCAAUAAAUCAGGUUACUUGUACCUCAAUCUCUUCUGCAUCAUCUCCAUACUGCACUUUCACUCUUGCACAUCCAAGUGCCUCAUCCAUGACAAACGUGUUGCUCGCGUGGUAAGCACAUUCCCCACACCCUACGCAUGCAGUUUCAUCGACGAACAAAGCAUGUGGUCUCAACGGCCCGUUCCACGAGCUGCAACUCUCAACAUCACGGCCAGUUCUCUCGAACCCAAUCCUGAACUCUCCAAUCGACGUAUCAUAUUGUCUCCUGAGAUCCUCCUUCAUCAGCACCGUGUAAGCCUGAUUCAGCCUCAGUGUGAACUCAUGGCCCUACCAAAACAAUCAAAAGAUGGAUACUUUCUUUUUAGGUGUUCAAUCUAAGAGAGGAAACCGAUUGAUAAAGACUUACAAGCUGACCUUUUGGCCAGCAAUAUCAGGGUGGUAGAUCUUCUGCAACUUCCUGUAAGCAUCUUUGAUCUGCUGGGAACUCGAAUCGACAGAAACCCCCAACAGCUCGUAGUGAUUCUUCUCCGUCCCUGGCACACUUCGGUUACCGCAGCUCCUGAUCACGGUUGUGGAGAUUCUCUGCCGCUUCCACCUAAUUCAAAGAGAUUCAAUCGUAAAACAAAUUUGUUGUUAGAUAUGGUAACUCAGAGAAAAGAAAGGCAGCGAGAGUUGGUUUCCUUCACCUUGAGGUGGUGUUGCUUGAAGUGAAGAAGCUGGUUUGAAUUCUGGUGGGUUUCAGAACCGAGAACUGAUCGAUGGGGAGAAUCGCCAUUGGAGUUCUCUAUUGCAGAUGUUGGUUUGUUCUUUCCAGCACAAGGCAGAAGAACAUUUGUGUAAGAUUCAAGAUAUUGUGAAUCUGAAGAUAUUUUGGGUACUCUCACUCUCUGUCUCGCAAGAAGAGUGCACGGUCGAGCCGUCAGCGGGACCCAUUUGUGGGGCGCGGGAACAAAGAUCUUUAACCGGGCCAACUGCCGUUCAAUUGGUAGCUCGGUUUUUACUAACAAAAAGCUUGGCAAAAUAAAAAGAAAAAAUAUCUUCUCC